GAUUCGGAGUUGCUAAAAUUAAUUUCCCGAAAUGCCGAAAUGGCGAGUAGCAUAGUGUUGACAGCAGUUGAGCUUCAUCUUCAUUCACAGUUUCAACUUGAAGGCAUAAUAAAGCUACGUAUAAUAUCAUAUCAUCAUAAUCAUAAAAUCCCAAACAUCAUCAAUAGCCUAGUAACUCUCCAUCAACACAACACCAUCUGAGAUCUGCUUCACUUCAUUUCCGAAUUCCGAUCUUGCCCCCAGAUCUCAUACUCCCAACAACAAUGCACCAAUCCAACUAAACAGAACAAAACAAGAAAAAAGAAAACCACAAUGGGCGCGAACCAAUCGGACCAAGUUGCCGGAAACGCAUACGAAGAAGAAGAAGAAGAAGAGGAGGAUGAAGAAGAGGACGAAGAAGACAACGUGGCAGCUAGGAGGGGUCUCAUAAGACCCCCUCAGCUACUCAACAACCGCCACGUGGCAAAGAAGCUUCUAGAACAAGAACCCGAGAUCCUGCCGUGCCACGCGUCUGCCUCCCCUCUCUCCCCGCAACUCUCCUCCCUUGGAACCCCGCGCCUCGGCCCUUCCAUCAAGGUCUGGGACCCUUACAACGUUCUCGCCCCUCCGCCGCCGCCGCCUAUGCUUCCGCCUCCGUCCAACGAUGCGGACGACGAGCACGCUGAGGCGGUGACGACGGAGGUGUUCGUGAUCAGCCACGGGGAGUGCGAGCUGAGCCUCAGACCCGAUUUAAUUUCGGGUCGGGUCCCCGGUGCGGGCCUGACUCCGAAUGGCGAGAGGCAGGCGAGGGCGUUGGCCGUGUUCUUGAAAUCUCAGGGCGUAAGGUUCAACGCGGUUUAUUCUUCGCCGUUAGAUCGGGCUCGGUCAACGGCUGUCGUUGUUUGUAAGGAAAUCAAUUUUUUGGAGGAUCAGAUUCAGUCCUCAGACGCCCUUGUAGAGAUGAGUCAAGGGAAUUGGGAAGGCUGCCUUCAAUCAGAAAUAUAUACACCUGAAAUUUUGAGGAUCAUCGACAGGUUCCAGCCAGAUUUUGCUGCACCUUCUGGAGAAUCACUUAGACAAGUUGAAUUCCGCAUGGUUCAGUUCUUAAAUGGGAUUGUUCUCCGACUGCCUGAAAAAUUGAGGAUUGAUCUAUCCUCCCAUCACAAUGAAAACAACCAAACAUUUGUUCAGCAAGAUUCCCAUCCUCUGACGAAUUCUAUUCACGACCAGGAUGGACCCCUUCAUCCAACAACCCAAUGGGAUUCGCUCCACAGGCAUAGGCCAGGACUCUCCAGGAAAAAAUCUGGUAAGAGCAGGCUACAAGUCGUGACAAACACUGGCGAUGAUUUUGAAGAUGAUAUAUCUCCUAGGCAAGUCAACCACCAAAGUGCGCUGCACAAUUCAUUCGGUGGCUAUAAUGCAUCUGUUUCUUGUAUAGGCAUAUUUACUCACUCUGCACCGAUAAAGUGUCUCCUAACGGGACUUCUUGGAUGUAGUCCAUUGCUGUCACAGAAGUUCUGCAUCGGAGAUUCUUCGGUAACAGUGUUGCAACAUUCCUUGAGAACAGGAUGGCAGAUAAAAAGGUUGAAUGAUACAGCACACCUUAGGCUUCUCUAGUUGAAGCAGCUUUUACAUAUAGGGAACAGGAUUUUGGUAUUUAUUGGGAUUUUUACA